GCGUAGCUCGUUUACACGGUCGUGGUGUAGUGCAUAGAGAUUUAAAGCCCGAGAAUGUAUUAGUGUCUGCUGCUGCUGUGCCUGAGGGAGAAGAGUUAUAUAAGGGAGGAGUUGCUAUACUAAAGAUUGCUGACUUAGGCAUGGCAAGAAAAAUGAGACCUCUAUUAGGACAACAACCAGCAGGCAAGCAGAUAAAAGGGUACUCGUGCAUGGUCUUUGCCAUUCCGUAA